GGCAGUGGUUACUUCACGCACACAAAGAAGGAGUUCUCGCUCCUCGGGAAACUGUGCCACUUCGGAUCGCUACUACGAGAGCAUUUGGCUCAGUGGAUUAUCCUCACUGCCAGGAGUUCAGCCAGAAUGAAACUGGUUCACGUAGCGCUACUCUGUCUCGGCUCCGCGACCUUCUUCGGGGUGGAUGCUGCGAGGGUGGACGUAGCCACAGAGUUCAAACGAAAAUGGACGAGCUGGGUACUGAGCCGGGCCAAGCGGGACGUGAGGCCGCUGGGAGCGGCCGCCGACGUGCAGGCGCUCGUACGGACCCAGGACGUGAAGGAUCCCCGCGUCUCGCAACCCAGCGGCCGGGAGGAUGCUCACAACCGCGUCAAGCGCUACCGCCAGAGCGUUAACAGCUUCCCCCACCUCCCGACCUUCCGCAUGGGGUGCCGCUUCGGGACGUGCACGGUGCAGAAGCUGGCCCAUCAGCUCUACCAGCUGACCGACAAAGUGAAAGACGGCGCCGCCCCCGUCAACAAGAUCAGCCCGCAGGGCUACGGCCGCCGCCGGCGCUCCCUGCCCGACAGUUUCCUCCGGAUCGUGCGGGCGGAGCCCCGCGCCCCCGUCCUCGGAGUUUGAGGGCCCGCCGAGGUCGCCUCGGACGGACGGACUGAGACCGAGCCGGGAGACCCCGCGGCCCGCUCGGCACGGACCCCGCGGACAGACGGACGGCGCGGGGAAGCUGUGAAGGCCGCGGCCGCGGAGCCGCCCCCCGCCCCGGGCGAGGCGCCGCCGGAGGCGCCGAUCCCCGCUCCGGGCCCGCCGCUGCAGCCGUGGCCGAGCCUCCGUCGCCGGCGGAGCCGCCCGGCCCCUCCGCCCCGGGAGAGCCGCUCAGGGGAGCCCCGCGGCCGGCUGCGGUGCGCGGUCCGCCCUCGGCGCGGAGACGUGGCGCACACCUGCUCUACCCUCUGCGGUCCGCGCAGCCGGCAGGGAAUCGGACACUGAGCAGUCCCUGCGGGGACUGCGAUAUACUUGAACAGAGAGGAAAAGUGCAAUCGUACGUGGAUUUCGUUAAUUAUAAGUGCGGUGUGCGUGGAUCAUGAGAUACGUAUCGGUAUUUAAGAUUGUUCUGUGUCGUGUUCUGUUUAUAUCUUUUUUUGGGAAAUACAUUUUAUUUUUAUACGUUUUAUAUAUAUAUAUAUUGCAUAUGGGCAUUUUAAAACAUUGUAUCCCCUCUAUUUUUCAUAUCGUGAAUGUCAAACGUUGUUAAACUCUUCUUCCAUACCUUUUUUAUCUUGCAUUCCAGACUGGUGAAAGAUGUAGAGAAUGUAUCAGCUGUUCUCCAUGGGUAAUAUGUGAAAUAAAGUAAACACCAUUACAUAAA